CAGUCCCAUUCUGACAUGCGCGGGCACGUGGAUAUACACACUCGGAGCAGAGCGCGCUCGCCUUCGGUAGUAGAAGCAGCUCUACGCUAGCGAAUGAAAGCAAAGCGGACACCUACCGUCUCGAGAAGCGGCGUGAGGCUCAGGCGGCUCGGACCCUCUAGAACCCUCUAGAACCGUGCUGGGACCCUCUAGAACCAUGCUGGACUGACCGCGGAGAGUCGACUACGAUCAAUGGCUUGGCUUUGAAAUCGUUAACAAUUUAUCGGAAAGGAGGCUGAGACGGAGCGAGAGUGAGGGAGAGAGGGAGAGAGAGAGAGAGAGAGGGAGAGAGUGAGUGGUGUGAGGAGUGGGGCUGAAGAUUCUUUCAGCGAUGGAACUUACAAUGGAAAACAUUGGAAACCUGCACGGCGUGCCUCACGCUCACCAGACGAGCGACUUAAUGAACUCGCCGCACGCGCGCCAGUCGUCGUCGCACCGGAACCUGGUGUCGCACGGGCGCUCCGCCAUGGUGUCCAGCAUGGCCUCGAUACUGGAGGGCGCGGGGGACUACCGCACGGACCACUCUCUGUCCGGGCCCCUGCACCCCGCCAUGACCAUGUCCUGCGACUCGGGGAUGAGUCUGAGCAGCACCUACACCACCCUCACGCCGCUGCAGCACCUGCCGCCCAUCUCUACCGUGUCGGAUAAGUUCCACCAUCAUCCCCAUCCACACGCUCACCACCACCCGCACCAGCGGCUCUCGGCGGGCAACGUGAGCGGCAGCUUCACGCUGAUGAGGGACGACCGGAGCCUCGCCUCCAUGAGCAACCUCUACGGCCACUACCAGAAAGACAUGUCCGGCAUGGGCCAGUCGCUGUCGCCGCUCUCCAACGGCCUCGGCUCGUUGCACAACUCCCAGCAGUCGCUCGGCGCCUACGGGCCGACGGCGCACCUCUCCAACGACAAGAUGCUCUCGUCGGGGGGCUUCGAGUCCCACGCGGCCAUGUUGUCCAGGAACGAGGAGCACCUGGCCCGGGGUCUGGGGGGCCACGGAGCAGGGCUCAUGACGUCGCUGAACGGCAUGCACCACCACAGUCAUCAGCACUCCCAGGCGAACGGCUCCAUGCUGUCGGUGGAGCGGGACCGGCAGACGGUGGGAGGCGGGCAGGGGGGCGCUGGGUCGGGCCAGGUGGAGGAGAUAAACACCAAGGAGGUGGCGCAGAGAAUCACCGCCGAGCUCAAGCGAUACAGCAUACCCCAGGCCAUCUUUGCCCAGAGGAUCUUGUGUCGGUCCCAGGGAACGCUGUCCGACCUGCUACGGAACCCUAAACCCUGGAGUAAGCUCAAGUCGGGCCGGGAGACCUUCCGGAGGAUGUGGAAGUGGCUGCAGGAGCCCGAGUUCCAGCGGAUGUCCGCGCUGAGGCUAGCAGGUGAGUGAGGAGGCAGCCCUGAAUCUGACCGAUGUGAGGUGAUCAAUGUGGAGUCAAUGUGGCGAGACUGUCAAUAGCCGCUCAGAGGGACAUUACUACAAGUUAUUGGUCAAUAGCAUCGAGUCAAACUUCACUGGGACAGUGGACUGUUCGGUUUGUUCGGUGUGGGGAUCUAUAUAUGAGGAUUGAACUCCCGUCAUAUGUAGAGAGGCCUUAUGGUUGUGUAGUCAGGCGGUGUGGUUCUAGUAUACUCUAUAUAGCUCUACAAUAGAGCCACACACACACACACGGUUUAUUAUGGGAAAACAAUCGCAACAUUGAAUUCUCUAUGGAUGGACGCUAUACAGAGAGGUUGAAACAGUAAUAGGCCUACACAACGUGUCUCUCUGUGUAUCUCCUUUCCUCUCUAACACACACACACACACACACACACACACACACACACACACACACACACACACACACACACACACACACACACACACACACACACACACACACACACACACACACACACACA